CCAGCCUAAGGCUGAGGUGGCCGCCACGGAGCUGGGGGCGGGGCCUGCGACACUAUGGCCGAGGGCGGCGGGGAAGUAGUGGCAGUACCCGCGUCCGAGGCUGCCAACGGCCUCAGCAAUGGGGCAGGCCGGGUCCCCGCGCAGACCAGCAACCCGCUGUCGCGGAAGCUGAAUAAGAUCCUGGAGACGCGGCUGGACAACGACAAGGAGAUGUUGGAAGCUCUCAAGGCACUUUCAACCUUUUUUGUUGAAAACAGUUUGCGGACUCGAAGAAAUUUACGUGGAGAUAUUGAACGCAGAAGUUUAGCCAUCAAUGAAGAAUUUGUCAGCAUUUUCAAAGAGGUGAAGGAAGAACUUGAAAGCAUAAAUGAAGAUGUUCAAGCAAUGAGCAGUUGUUGUCAAGAUAUGACAAGUCGCCUGCAGGCAGCAAAGGAACAGACACAAGAUUUAAUAGUAAAAACUACUAAGCUUCAAGGUGAAAGUCAAAGAUUAGAAAUAAGAGCACAAGUCGCAGAUGCCUUCUUAUCCAAGUUCCAGCUGACUUCUGAUGAAAUGGGUCUCCUCCGAGGUACUAGAGAAGGACCUAUUACUGAGGAUUUUUUCAAGGCAUUGGGAAGAGUAAAACGAAUUCAUAACGAUGUCAAAGUUCUCUUGCGUACAAACCAACAAACAGCAGGUUUAGAAAUUAUGGAACAGAUGGCCUUGCUUCAAGAAACAGCUUAUGAAAGACUUUAUCGGUGGGCUCAAAGUGAAUGCAGAACAUUGACACAAGAAUCAUGUGACAUAUCUCCAGUAUUAACUCAGGCUAUGGAAGCCCUACAGGAUAGACCUGUCUUAUAUAAGUAUACCUUAGAUGAAUUUGGAACAGCCAGAAGAAGUACGGUCGUUCGUGGAUUUAUCGAUGCUCUCACAAGAGGGGGCCCAGGAGGCACACCAAGACCCAUUGAAAUGCACUCCCAUGACCCUUUGAGAUAUGUAGGAGAUAUGUUGGCCUGGCUCCAUCAAGCUACUGCUUCUGAAAAAGAACACCUUGAAGCCCUCUUAAAGCGUGUAACCAUACAAGGUGUUGAAGAAAAUAUCCAGGAAGUUGUUGGGCACAUUACUGAGGGUGUGUGCAGGCCUCUAAAGGUUCGAAUUGAACAAGUAAUAGUUGCUGAACCUGGGGCAGUUUUGUUAUAUAAAAUUUCUAACCUCCUCAAAUUUUACCAUCAUACAAUCAGUGGCAUUGUUGGAAAUAGUGCAACUACCUUAUUGACUACCAUUGAAGAAAUGCAUUUGCUAAGCAAAAAAAUAUUCUUCAAUAGCUUGAGUCUUCAUGCAAGUAAAUUAAUGGACAAGGUUGAACUCCCACCACCUGAUCUUGGACCAAGUUCUGCAUUAAAUCAGACACUCAUGUUAUUGCGUGAGGUUUUGGCAUCUCAUGAUUCUUCAGUUGUACCACUAGAUGCCCGUCAAGCUGACUUUGUGCAAGUUUUAUCAUGUGUCUUGGAUCCUCUCCUCCAAAUGUGUACUGUAUCUGCCAGCAAUUUAGGCACAGCUGACAUGGCCACUUUCAUGGUCAAUUCACUAUAUAUGAUGAAGACAACACUCGCUCUGUUCGAGUUCACUGACAGACGUCUAGAAAUGCUACAGUUUCAGAUUGAAGCACAUUUGGACACACUUAUAAAUGAGCAGGCCUCUUAUGUUUUAACUAGAGCAGGCUUGAGUUCUAUCUAUAACACCGUACAGCAACAUAAGCCUGAACAGGGCUCUUUAGCUAAUUUGCCCAACCUAGAUUCUGUGGCACUGAAGGCUGCAAUGGUUCAGUUUGAUCGUUACCUGUCAGCCCCAGACAGUUUGCUAUUGCCACAGCUGAACUUUCUUUUAAGUGCCACAGUGAAGGAGCAGAUCAUAAAGCAGUCUACAGAAUUAGUCUGCAGAGCCUACGGUGAAGUGUACGCUGCUGUGAUGAACCCAGUCAACGAAUACAAAGAUCCGGAGAGCAUCCUCCACCGCUCGCCGCAGCAAGUGCAGACACUUCUCUCCUGAUAAUCUUAUUUGAAUGUGUUAGCAAAAUAGUGCAUCCCUAAAACUCUAAAGGUUUUCGUGUUCUUUAGUCUGCUAAUCUUCACUUUGAGAUUUGAUGGUUACGAUUUUUUUUUUGUAUCAUAACAUUGUAGGUCCCAAUAAUUUCUUUUCUUUGAUCACAGUAACACGGACAUGAGUCAUGUAAUCUCGAGCUGAGUUAGUGCUGCUCUGUGUUUGCUCCUUAUGUAGCGAUGCUGAGCUCUCUGCGCGCCACCUCCCCAGUGCUGCAGUUUUCUAGAAUAUAAACAUAUGGGGGAAAGUCAUAUGAAAGGUUUGAGGGAGUUUUCUUUACAACAUUUGUUCCGAAUUAAUCAUACAUAAAAAAUUUGUCUCAACUUCAGAAUUAGUACAAAGAUGGGACAUACCGUCUCCCUACCUAAAAUGAAGUUGCUUUCUUAUUAUUCACGUGAGUAGACAUAUUUAAACUGAGGAGCAGAAAUACACACUUAGCAAAAAGUGGGAAAAGAGAGAGAGAAAAAUAAUUAAAAAUUAAAACAGGGUGGAUUUCUCCCUGUGUAAGCCCCGGACUGAAUUCAAGGUGAAGUUCAGCACUUUAAAAGGAUUUUAGGUAUGUAGGCACCCUGUGCUGCAUGUAAGUCUGGUAUUUAAUGAUAAAUAUUUUUUACAUAGUAUGAACUCUAAAUCCAACCAACUACAGAUUUUAUCUGGUGUUCAAACCAAAGAAAUAAUGAUCUACUCUCACACCAGAGGAAAAAUACUGAGUAGCAAUUGCUCACUGACAGUAUCUGCCCCCCUGAUGGCCCCUCACAAAGAAUGAUUUGGGUUCUGACUUUAGAACUUUAUCUAUGAGGAAGAUUCAGAAUCACUGUGUUUUUCCCAAAAAAAAAAAAAAAAAAAAAAUCUCAGUGUGUUUGAUGUGACUUUACUUUGUUGGUAAGAUUUCAAGGAUGAUUCUUAUUAGCAAAAUAUCUUAAUUUCUGAUAAAACUAUAAAAAGAGGUGAGUCUCUAAAUUAUAAAUGAGAAAACUGAGGCAUAAGGAAAAAAUGGACAAGGCUAAAAUAUUUUGCAAAGUAGUAAGAUAAAAUUAAUAUUAUGUAACAUAUAAUGUAUAACGCAUUAUUAUUUACAGAACAUGGCCUAUUCAUGUAUCUGAAAUUUAUAAUUGUUUAUAGUAAUAUGAUUCUUUUGGAGUAAGAGCAGUUAUUUAUCACCUCUUUUGGUGUAAAUCUGUGCUUUUAGUCUUUUCCUUCAAUGAGUAUGUGUGAUAUAUAUAAAAGAUAGAAAAUAAAGUAUGAUAUAAAUCAGCUUAAAUUUUAUAUAAUUUAUUUCUACAAUAAAAAAAGAUUGCUGCCUUAGCAUUAAUGAAUCCCUGUGUUUUCUAGAAAAAAAAAGUGUAUUUGGCUUUUUACACAUUUUCUCAAAAUAUUAAAGCUAUUUCUAGAACAGUGAUAAUUGAAGUAAGUAUAUUUUUAUACAUCUCAUCAAUAUGUUUUUAGAAAAUGUACUAAUAGAAAAGGAAGUACAAUAUAGGGCCAAAUUGAGAUAACCAGUGGAAGAUUGAUGAGCAGUAUGUGUUAUCACUAUUCUCUUGAGUACUAAGUCAAAAUAAAAGAUUAUAAGUGCUAUGUCAUGGACA